UGGAGGCAACUGGCAACCAAGGCAGUUUCCCCCAUUUCAGCCCCAAGCGGCCUCGCCCCGCCUCCGCCCAACCGGGGUCGCCGGCUCGCCGCCCCACCCGCCGUCCCCACCGGUUGCUGCCCCCAGCACGCCAUCUGCCGUCCACGCCCUCUCACCCUUCUGCAACCGCAAUUCCACUAGAAAUCCAUGGCCAAGUUUUCCUUCGACGACGCCGACGACGACCCUCCGGCCGCCGCUUCCGGAGGCGAGAAGAGAAAGCGCGAGGACGGCCCAGCGGAGGCCGCCGGCGGCUGGGAACCCCCGAAGCCUCGAAUCUUGGUGGCCCGGGGCGGAAAGCCGGAGGGAAGCGCGGUGGUCGGGGCGGGGACGGCCGAAGGGAGCGGCCGGAAUGCGGUGGAAACGGUUGUUGGCGGGGAGGCUGAUGGGAUUAGCGUGCGGAUCGACCCGGAUGUGCUCGAUUGCUCCAUCUGCUUCGAGCCCCUCCAACCGCCCCUCUACCAGUGCCAAAAUGGCCAUGUAGCGUGCUUUUCCUGCUGGUCCAGGCUCACCAACAAGUGUCACAUUUGUUCUUAUGAUGCUAACUUUGCACGAAACAUUGCACUGGAAAAGGUUGUUGAGUCAGUGAAGUCCUCCUGCUCAUAUGCCAAAUGGGGCUGUAGGAAGUUGGUCAGUUAUUCGCUCAGACAUGCUCAUGAAGAAUCUUGCCUUUUUGCUCCUUCAAUUUGUCCUAUUCCUGGUUGUGGGUACAAAGGAUUCACUGGAUGGUGGUCAGGACAUUUCCUUACAAAUCAUAAUACUGAUGGUAGCCUGCGGUUCUCAUAUGGUCAGUGGUUCGAAGUGAGUUUGGAAAUGUCAGUUCCUUUCCUAGUUCUUCUAGCAGAGGAUGAUCACCUAUUCCUUCUUGUCAACAAGAAUGUGUUGCCCUUUGGGCAUGCGCUUUCAGUGGGUUGCCUUAGGACUGGCAAUCUGAACUGGAAUUUCACCUACGAAAUGAGAGCUGCUAGUAAGGCAAACACUGAAAACAACCUGCAAUUGAAGGCUUGUGUCACAAAUAUAAGGGAGUGGCAAGGUCUCCAUCCUACUGAAGCUUUCCUUUUAGUUCCUUAUGCCUUUUGCAAAUCGAACAAACUAACACUAAAUGUCUGUAUUCAGAGGUCUGCUGAUCUGAGGGUGAAUAUGUAAUGUUCUGUGUGUUGUAAAAUGUAAAAAACAAACGAAGUGUAGCAGUGUAAUUGUGUAAAUUUGUCUUAGAAGCUAGUUUCACUAAGGCAUCGGUUACCUAUAUGGUUGCUAAACCCUUGCUUGUACUCAUGUAACUCUGAUACUUGUACAAAAAAAAUAUUUUUUUGUAUGUUUGUUCUUCAAUGUUCAAGCUGUUGUGCCGGACGUAGGGACUGAGUUGAAGCCACAGAUUGAA